ACUCCCGUUAUAUUUCUACUCGAUAUUUUUAACUCGUUGACUAUGCCGAUCCUGUUUAUUUACUACUCUGCCCACGAAAGGCUUGGGGUCCAUCCUAAAAAUAGAGUGAAAAUUAUUGAUCCUGUCAAUAUUUCAUUGGCUGUAAUGCUUACUUCAUUUUAUAUGAUGUGGUCUAUUGGAUGCCUGCUGGGCAGCUAUUUUGGUGGCUAUGAGGUGUUUAUGGCACAAAUGAGUUUGGCCUUUGAGAAUCUGCUUACCAUGGAAGUUAUUAUUGAUGCAUUCCAAAAGGCAAUUAACUUCCUGGUGCUUGCAAUGGCAUCCUUUCAAAUGGGCGCGCUAGGGCAUAGAGAGUCUUUAAUCCCCUGGGGAAGUACUUGUGCAUCGAUUGGUUUAAUGCAAAGUAUUGCGAUGGCCGCAAUGUUGGUUUUUUUUAAAGGCCUGUCUGGCUGGGUUAUUCUAUACGUAUUUAGUGGACUUGUUUCAUUAAGCAUUAGUAUUUUUAGCCUUCUCACUAUUUUCAUGAUUAAGCAGAACAAGAUGCCCGAGAAUAUAUCUGGAUACCUCUCUAACCAGAUGAUUCGCUGGAAUGUUAACAUAUGCUAUAUGUCAUUGGUAGCAGGAGUACUUGAUCUUAGCUAUAAAGCAGUGUUUGUCCUUAUGGAGAUUAAUGUGCUGGGAAAGAAUCAGUUAUUUUCAGAUAUUUUCUCAUUAGCUAAAACAGCAUCAGUAUUUAUUACUGUUAUAUCCGUAUAUACAUCUAGAGUACCCAAUUCAAAAUCAUACAGUGUGCAGUCAUAUAGCUAGGCACACAUAAUAUGGUAUAUUAGUAAAUCUUGAAUUAGCCCCAAAUGCCAGA